AUGGACGUCCAUCUCCUGAUAUACGACCUCUCCAGAGGUCUGGCCCGCCAGAUGUCGAUAGAUCUGCUCGGAUUUCAGUUGGACGCUAUCUAUCACACAUCCAUCGAACUCCAAGGACGGGAGUACGUAUACGACGGCAAUAUCGUCGAUAUCGUUCCGGGGACCUCCCAUCUUGGGCAACCCCUCCAGAGGAUGUAUCUGGGGAAGACGGAGUAAGAGUAUCUUGAUUCCCUCCGUGAGAUCUAUACCGUUGAGGUUGGUGCCCAACUCUUGAAGUGUACCAAGAUCAUUCCUCACUCACGCUCUCAGGCUUAUGAUCUCUUCCGGCACAACUGCAACAACUUCUCCAACGACUUUGCCAUGUUCCUCUUGGGAAAGGGCAUCCCUGAGCACAUCAUCAAUAUGCCACAGGCCGUGCUAGAGUCCCCCCUCGGGCAGAUGAUCAUGCCCAUGCUGAACGAGCAAGUCCGGGCAACUAAACAGCAACGAGGAGGCAUUCUCGGCAUCCAGCAACAGACCCCCGGCAGCUCAGUCAGACCUCAAUCCGAGCUACACCACCAUCCUGGCAAGGUACACAAUGUCUCCAGCCUAUCUCAGCUCGACGACCUGCUGGCGAAAUACCAGAGCUCGUGUGCUGUGGUCUUCUUUACCAGCGCGACCUGCCCCCCUUGCAAGUUGCUUUACCCUCUGUAUGAUUCCCUAGCGGCCGAGAUCGGUGCGAAAGGCGCCCUGAUCAAAAUCGAUGUUUCGCAGGCUUUUGACGUUGGUGCCCGAUACGCCAUUACGGCAACACCAACCUUUAUAACCUUUCUCAAAGGAAAGCAGGAGAAUCGCUGGUCUGGAGCCGAUCCGGCUGCUCUACGCGGAAAUGUUCAACUUCUGGUGCAGAUGGCAUGGCCGCCGCACCCACAUGAGAAGCUCGGUCUGCAUAUGUUCUCCAACCCAGGAAGCAACAAGCCUGUCAUCUUCUCAAAGACACCUCCCUUGGAUAAAGUUCUCUCUAAACUUGGCAAUGCUGCAUCGGACCCAGCCGUGAAGGCUCUCAUCCACUUUCUCGAAUCCCGAGCAUCCCAAGGCCCAGCCGAAGCGCCAUUACCCAAUCUGGCCGCAUUCACCACACUUCUACGAAACUCUCUGUCCUCCCUCCCCGCAGACAACCUCUUCCCACUAAUUGACCUCCUCCGCGCUGCUCUCUCCGACCCUCGCGUCAGCGGUCUCCUCGCCGAGGAAGAAACCCCCUCAUCCCACACCACCAUCUCCUCGAUCCUAACCCACGUCAACACUACCGACCCGGAAUCUCCCUCCUCUUACCCCCUCCGUCUUGUCACCCUUCAGUUCGUCGCAAACCUCUUCUCCUCCCCUCUCUACCCCCCCCACAUCCUUUCCUCGCCCAACCUCCUCUCGGGCAUCACUCAGCUCCUGACCACGUCCCUCCUCGACACGUCCCACUCCCGAGCCCGCGUCGCGGCUGCGAGCUUGUUGUAUAACCUUGCAUUGGCGAACCAAAACUUGCACAUCUCCCCUUCGUCCAAUACCACCUCACGACCGUAUGAGGGAUUGCCUGAGGGGGAACAGCUCGAGUUAGCCGCGGCUGUGGUUGAGGGGAUUAGGAAUGAGGAAAAGUCUGGUGAGGCACUUGAGGGGAUGGUGCGUGCGCUGGGGUGGUUGGUGUAUAAGUGUGAUGUGGACGGGGCGGUGGCGGAUUGCGUAAGGGCGUUGGAGGCCGGGGAGGUUGUCAAGGGGAAGGAAGGGAAGUUUGGAGAUGGUGUGGAUGAAGUUGUGGGGCAGGUGGGGAGGUUGUUGACAAAGGGGUUGUGA